CCUAUCGCUGCAUCCCGACACAUAGUUAAAACACCAUGCGGAACAGCAGCAGAUGGAUCGAUGCCUGGAGAGAGAGAGAGAGAGAGAGAGAGAGAGAGAUGUACCAAUGGGAGGAAAGUGAGACAGAGAGAACGCACGCGUGAGUGUUAGGAACUCUUUGCCAGGGAAGGCAAAAAAAAAAACUGUUACACAUAUUACUGGGGGAGUUGCUGAGGAGAGAAAGAGAGAGAGAGAGAGAAGAAAAAAAGGAAAGUAGAAGUUAGUGACUCAGAAGUAGUGAGGAAGAUAGUAAUAAACUGAGAGGGAGGAAAGCAGGGGGAGGAAGGUAUAAUUACAGAGAGAGAGAAAGCGAGAGGGUACACACAGUGAAGACAGAGGGAGAGAGAGAGAGAGAGAGAGAGAGGGAGAGAGAAAGAGUCAGAGAACUGUCUAACCCUGCCCACUUUCCACAAAACCAUUCAACUCCGGCACAGUGAGCUGCACUCUGUCAGCUUUCUCCACAGCUCCGCGCCUCUGCUGUCUGAAGCUCGGCAGGACCACAACCGGAACCAGGACCGUCAGGACCACGGCCAGCGCCACAGGCAGGACCCAGGACCAGGAACCAGGACUAAAGCCAGAGCAGAACCAGCUCCUACACAGCUGAACCCGAACCUCCGGAGCAGAAUCUAGCCACUGUCCAGGACGCUCCUGUCCAGGACCGCCUGUCGACUGACCUCUUCUUCUUGUCACCAUGGCUGCUUCUCUCAGAUAAGGAUUAUUUUAGCCUUCACGCCUAUUAUUUCCCACCUGCUCAGUUCUCGAACAGGCUGGACGGCCGAUUGUCCACUGCUGGUGCUGGCAGCCGAGCCGGCCGAGCAAGCUCCGGGACGUGUCAGUCGUGAGAUUGUUCUCCUCCUUUUGUCCCGUGCCCAGGAUGUCCUCCUCCUCCUCCCUCACCCUGACACUGACCCUGCUGCUCCUGCUGUCCGGCUGCUUAACCAGCCGCUGCUCCCCAACGCCUGCAGGACCGGAGAGCCAGACCCAGCAGCAGCAGCAGCAGGAGACUCAGGCUGGGUCCCAGGACACGGAACAGGGGGACAGCCCAGCUACCCCAUGCCCAUCCUGUGCUCUUGCCCAGUUACAGCAAGAGCAAGUGGCUUCGGAGCCCGGGAUGGUGGAGGCGGUGAAGAGGCACAUUCUCAACAUGCUGCACCUGAACGCACGCCCCAACAUUAGCCACCCGGUGCCCCGUGCUGCCCUGCUCAACGCCCUGCGCAAGCUGCACAUGGGUCGCGUGGCCCGGGAUGGCACAGUGGAGAUUGAAGAGGAGGGAGAGGAGACCGGAGAGCAUGAAGAUGAGCAGCCUUCCGAAAUCAUCACCUUUGCAGAGCCAGGAGAUGCCCCUGACGUUAUGAAAUUUGACAUUUCCAAGGAAAGUGGUGCGCUGUCCGUGGUGGAGCAGGCCAACGUAUGGCUGUUCCUGAAGCUGGCCAAGGGCAUUCGCGGCAAGGGCAAGGUGUCUUUGCAACUUCUGCAGGCCAGACGCCCCGGUUCUGACUUGAAUCCGGAUCACCAGGAGCAAGAAGAGGUGGUGUCUGAGAAGACGGUGGACGCCCGUCGCAGCGGCUGGCACACUCUGCCCGUGGGACGCAGUGUCCAGGAGCUACUGGACAGGGGGGGCAACACUGAGCUCCGGCUAAGGGUGUCCUGCCCUCUGUGUGCCGGUGCUGGAGCCAUGCCCAUCAUCUCCUCAGGGGACGGGAAAGAGAAAGAACAGUCGCACCGACCCUUCUUGAUGGUGGCGCUCCGGCCAGCAGAGGACCACCCGCUCCACCGGCGCAACAAGCGCGGCCUGGAGUGCGAUGGCAAGAUCCGCACUUGCUGCAAGCGCCAGUUCUACGUCAACUUCAAGGACAUCGGCUGGAGCGACUGGAUCAUUGCGCCUUCUGGUUAUCACGCCAACUACUGCGAGGGCGAGUGCCCCAGCCAUGUGUCCAGCAUCACGGGCUCCGCCCUCUCUUUCCACUCCACUGUCAUCAACCACUACCGCAUGCGCGGCUACAGCCCUUUCACCAACAUCAAGUCGUGCUGCGUGCCAACACGCCUUCGUGCCAUGUCCAUGCUCUACUACAACGAAGAGCAGAAGAUCAUCAAAAAGGACAUUCAGAACAUGAUCGUAGAAGAGUGCGGCUGCUCAUAAAAGUCGAGAGAAACCUCUAACAAACCUUCUUCUUGGUGGACUAGCAGUCUGUGUCGGCCCACGAACGUUUCUCGAAACUCGUUUGUCUUUUGACUCAGACUAUUUAUCUUGUGGUUAUGUUUAUGGACCCAUCUAUUUGGGACUCUUGGUUUGAGUGAUCUCUCUGUGGCACUUUCAUAUAAAUGUAAAAAAGAAGACUUAAAAACGUAAUAUAUUUUUGUUAUCUGAAGUCGGGGGCGGGGGCUGAGGGAAUGGGUGCAUGGUCAAGAUAAAAAUGUCAUUCCAUGUUCUCUGCGCUGCAAUAAAGAGAAGCGUCUCGGAAGUAUGAACCCGAGAAAAACGAACUAUGCAACUUGUCAAGUGUUGUCAUUGGAUGUUUUUUUUUUCCCGUUCAUUUUAUUUUUAUGAUUUUCUUUUUAUAAACCCAUUCCCAACAAGAAAAGAGUUUUAUUUCUUUUUUUGAAAGAUACUUGAAAAAAAAAAAAGUUUGACCAGCUACUGGAGCCAAACUAUUAUUUUUAAUAUUAUUAUUUUGUUAUUAAUGUUAUUAUUAUUAUUAACUUACUAUAAAUUUUGAAUGUUGAUGAACAGUGAUGAGAAUUUGCACUAAACCAACAUUCUUAUCAUAUCAGCCACAAAAGAAUAAGAUGUACAUUUGGAUCAUAUAUAGAGCAUACCAAAGAACCUACAUAUUACUAGCUUUCAGAACUCUUCAGAAUGCCCAGCGCGACUGUGGUAGUAGUCAAAAUUAGCAACAAUACAUGGCCAACAAAAUGUAUCACUGUCACAAAAUUCCAGUUUUCAUUUUUCCUUUAACAUUGCCUCAACUCACUCAAUGUACAAUGUUUUUUCUGAAUCUGCCUGUUGUCCAUGCGUUCACUGCCAGUCGGGUGAAACGGAAGAGAUGGAGAUAUUCGUCCUGCAGCGAGACGAAAUACAAACUUGUGUGAAAAGUGACUGCGUUUGUUGUGACACAAACGACUCGACAUUGAAGAAAGCUUUGGGACAUUAAAAUGUUAACUUUGUAUGUACAGAUAUCCAACAUGAGGUGAUAAGAUGCAUUGUUGUACAAAUGGAAAAUGUGCUUGUUAUGUUUUAUAUCUAAUUUAUUUUGCAGCAUACUCUUUGCUUCACUAUUAAAGCUAAGUUCUAAAAAUAA